ACGCUGCUGCAGGCAAGUCGCGCACCUGCCGCGACCCUUUUCAGACACUUUACUGUGGUGCGAGUGAGUGAGUGAGACUUCUUUUAGUUCUGCGCACCACAAAGGACAUGUGUGAGGCCGCGACGGACACCUGCGGAUAGAAAAACACUCGACUGGACACUUUGCCGCAGGAGGAGGAGAUUCGGCCGCCGAAAUGCUGUUCGUCGUCGCUGCGCUGCUCCUUCCGGUUCUCCGCGUGCAAGGUUUGAACACGCAGGCGGACAUCGCAGGCCUGGUGGGCGACACGAUGCUGCUGCCGUGCGAGAUCGACACUGGCAAGUGCGGCGAAUUGCACUCGAUCAAAUGGUACCGCGGCUCGUCGCGCAUCUUCGUCUUCAGCGAAGCGGCCAAAAUCGCCCGCGCCGAGGGCGAGUACGCCGGACGGGCCGAGCUGCACUACACAACCAACAUGUCGCGAUCGCACCUGGAGAUUCGGCAGCUGCAGUUGGCGGACGAGGCCGUCUACAAGUGCGAAAUCACUUUCCUCGAAGUUCGCGAGGGAUGCGCCGUCGUGCAGUUCGUCAACCUCACCGCCCUCAUCAAGCCCGAGUACGUCAAAGUUUUGAAAGAGGACGGCAGCGAAAUCAGCAGCUCGACGCUAAUUGGUCCGUUCCAGGAAGGACAAGAACUGAAACUUAGUUGCCAAUCCGGCGGCGGAAAACCAAUUCCAGAUAUUACUUGGUGGAACGGCACGCAUAAAUUACCAGGAGCCUUUUCGGCCGACCCUGGCCCAAACGGGGUGGGCACCGGCGUCAACCGGCUGCAGGUGACCUUGGGCAGGGGCGACCUGGGCGCCAAGUACGAGUGCAAGGCGUCGAGUCGCGCGCUCAGCGCCGACCUGACCGCCUCCAUCGAGGUCGACGUCAACGUGCGGCCGCUGCGGCUGGACCUGUCUGGGGUGGAGGAGCACGUGCACGAGGGCACCGAGGUGGUGCUGACUUGCCAGGUGACGGGGGCGCGUCCCGCCGCCAACAUUACAUGGUUCAAUGGCACCGAGCCCGUCGGGCGCCACGCCGCCGCCACAACACACGCCGCCGUCCAGCAACCAAGCACAAAAUUAGUCAAAUCUUCGGACGGAACUUACGAAACGCAGAGCGAGUUGCGGUUCAAAGCGACGCGGCACGAAAACGGCGAGACUUUGACCUGCGAGGCGACCAACCCGGUCCUCGUUGAGCAAAAGGAGCGGCCCCUCAAGGACACAGUCACCUUGGAGGUUCUUUACCCGCCAUCUGUGUUUGUCAGCCCUGAAAAUGUGACUGUGAACGAAUCAACGGACGUGCUGCUCUUUUGUCAAUUCGACGCCAACCCCGCCGUCCUCAACUCCGUCCAGUGGUUGCGCGACGGAAAGCCGGUGGUGCUGGACGGAGGGCAGCACUACGAGGGUGGCACGCCCCUGCAGACGACCCUUCUGAUCAAGAACGCGACCAGAGUGGACCAGGGCACUUAUUCGUGCGUCCUCGAGAACGCCGUCGGCAAGGCCGAGUCGCAGAACGUCGCCUACGUCGCCAUUUACUACAAGCCGAGCGUGAGUUUGGUGAUGGAGCCGACGGCGGGGGUGAGCGAGACUGAGCGGCUCAACAUCACGCUGGUGUGCAGGGUGGAGGGUGGCAACCCUGCGUCGCUGCUGGCCGUGCGUUGGUACCUGGACAAGGAGCUGCUCAAGGAACUGCCGGACUGCGGCGUCCAGGUCACGACGCCCUCGGCCGCCGAAAAUUCCACCUUCUGCGACAUCGACCCCAGCAAACUGCUGCUCGAGUCCGUCGGCCGAAACUUCCACGGCAACUACAGCUGCGAGGGCAUGAACGAGGCCGGCUGGGGUCCCAUGUCGGACGACAAGGAACUCGUCGUCUUUUAUCCGCCUGGUCAGGCGACGCUGACCUACGAGCCUGCCAGGGUGGUCAAGCGCAGUUCGGUCACCCUCAUGUGCAGCAUCACAGAUCUGGGCCGGCCCGAGGCGACCUCGUUCAAGUGGUUGCGCGGCCAACACCCCAUCCACGAGGUCACCUCAGCCAACCUCACCAUCGACCCCGUCAACCUGGAGACCUUGUCCAACUUCACCUGCCUCGCCUUCAACGAGGGCGGCGAGGGCGAAGGCGCCACCGUUUUCAUUGACGUCUUUGCUCCGCCGACGUUCAUCGAGCGUCUUCCGCCUUACCACGGCGCCCUGAUGAACGCCGAGCAGGUGUCGUUGUCUUGCCGCAUCGAGUGUCAGCCGGCGUGCGGCGUCAAGUGGCUCAAGGACGGGCAGCCGAUCGCGCUCGGCCUGCCCAGCUCGCGGUACACGGUGAAGACGAGCGUGUUGCCGCCGGACCCACGCACCAACGACUUCGAGUCGGUCGUCUCGACGCUCGUGUGGGACAUGCGUCAGUGGCCCAACCACGAGCUCGACCGCGUCCACGACAACGCCAACUACACGUGCGAGAGCUCGGCCACCCACGUCGGCCCCGGCGUCAAGAGCACCACCUUCUUCGGAGUCGAAUACCCGCCCGAGAACGUGAGCGUGUCGGUGCCCGUUUUGAGCGUCGUCGAAGGGCACAUUCCUGAGAAGAUCUUGUGCAACGCCAAAGCGUACCCGGAGCCCUCGUAUCAGUGGCACCGAGAGAACGACACCGAAAUUAGCAUGAAAGGCAACGCGCUGAUUCUCAACUAUCCCAUUCCGAGAUCCAAAGGCGGCAAUUACGUGUGCGAAGCCUUCAAUCGUCACGGCAAUAUCACGCACAAAACCUUCAUCAACGUCCUACACAAGCCCGAGUGCGCCAUCACGCAGCGCGAGGUGCACGGCAAGUUGGUGCUGAUCUGCAACGCGUCGGCCAACCCGACCGAGGUGGACUUCACGUGGAAGAUCAAGAACGAGAACGAGACGAUCGAGGAGAACAUCGAGACCAACGGCCUCACCAGCAUGCUCACGCUCGAGUCGCGCGUCGAGAACUUCCGCACGUACCUCUGCUUCGCCAACAACUCGGUCGGCAUGUCCAUCCCCUGCGAGCGAGACAUCACUGCAUACCAGGAAAGAAGUAACCCUGGCUGGUGGGCGUCGCUGGACAACGACCACAAACUAAUUUUCGCGUCCAUUAUCACGGGCGCCCUCCUAAUGGUGAUCGUCAUUUUCAUCAUCCUCUGCAUCGUCUGCCGACGUAAGAGGGUCGAAGACAAGUACAAUAACUCCGUGGAGUUGGAGGAGAGAGAAAAUCCCGAAGGAGACACAAAUCUAGAGUCGCGGCAGACGCCGGCGGCGGCCGGCGAGCAGCAGCAGGCCAGCUCGGCGCCGGCCGCCAUCCACCGCUGGCCCCUGCGGCCCGGCGUCCACGUGCAUGUGAAUGGCGCCCGAAACCUAAUGGUGGCCACGCCCACCUCGAGCACGGCCUCGUCGACCACCAAUUUCAUUAGGGCCUCCUCUCAGUACAGCGCCUCGGGCAUUGUUGGCUCGCGAAAGAGGAGCGUGCACGCGCGGGAGCACGCCAAGGCCACGCACACCGUCCACCCCGCCAUCAAUAAUAACAACCCCGAGUCGCACCCUGGAGUGGUGACAUUGAAGAAAUUAGAUGGAAGUACGGUUCAGGUGCAACCCACCAGAAAGCGCAAAAAGCCGGGGCAAGGCCCAAAUCAGUUCGAUAUCCGAGAUAGACUGAGCCAAGAACCGUCUGUUGAUGGCGACCGCCAGUUCUACGAGAAUCUUCCUUUCCAUGGUAUUCAAUCACCACCGAAUAAGCCGCGUGCAUUGAGUGUAGAAGCGACCGAGGGGGCGGCGGCCACCGCCCCCGGUAGCACGCCCGCCUCCCCCGCCCCCAGUAGGCCAGAGAGUCCCCUGAGCCGGCAAAACUCGUCGGGCUACGGCUCGACGCGGAGCAAGGCCGAGCAGACGUCGCUGAGCUCGUCGCCCGUGAAAAAACUUUCCUCCUCGAAUCCAGACCUGAAUUCCGAGCCCCCCGCGGAAAACCCACCCCGGGUGGAGGGGCGGCGGAGCCAGAGGGAGGGUGGCGCCGAGUCGCAAACGCUGCCCCGGGUGCAAGGUAGAAAGACUAGCCAGCCGUGCAGUGUGAAUAUCAUCAAACCCCUCGAGAUCACUCGCGAGCCUUUUGUAAUUAGCCCUCCCGCCAAAGCUGCACCGCCUCACAAGACGAUCACGCUCCAGAAAACGGAGAAGAUCGUCACCACCGUCAGCAUCCAGAACAUAACCAACAGCAAUUACAAAAAGCCACCGGCCCCCAUUCCGCCUCCGGGCCGACCACUGCUGCCCCCGUGCACCCUGCCGCUGCCCAAGCGGGCCACCAGCACGCCCAAGUGCCCCGUCCACCCCAACGGCCCCGUCUCCUCCCCCAUUUCAUCCUCCUCGUCGUCGUUCGCGAGUUCCUCGGACUCGUCGGCGACCUCCACCUCCACCGUGCGCCAGUUCCACUCCCUCCAGAGACCCAAGUCCAAAGAGGGCGCUUUCUACUCCCUGCGCAGGAGCAACUCGAGCGAGACCAGACCGCUGACCCAGCGGGACUGCGUCAAGCUCGCCUGCAAGUCCACCCCCGACAUCGCCAGGGAGGCCAAGGCCCCCAUCCCCACGCCGCGAUCGCUCAAAGCCUCCUUCUCCUUCUCCAACCCCUCCUCGCCUAUCGCAAGGGUGUUUAGCAAGCCGCUUUACCAAAACGUGCCUGUCAGAAUUUCCCCUAACCACAAGCAGGCGCGGAAGGACGAGCCACUAACCCAACACAUGGAACAGCAUGGCCCUCCGUCCCGACCCUGUUCCUCCUCCGGCCCACACGUGGUGUUGCAGAACCAAAGAUCAAAGAGUACGAAAAACCGAAAGUCGAUGCAGUUCAGCCGACACCCGUCGACGAGUAGCAGCUCGAGUUCGAGCAGCCUCAGCUCGAGCUCGGCCUUCCCCAACAACGUCCGCAACAACCGGACCUACAUCCCGAACCACAUCCACGUGCCGUCGGCGCCACUGAGCGGCGAGCACUACUACAGUGGCUCCGUCACCGGCCCGCAGCCGAACCACUACUACCCGCCGGAGCGCAACGGCGUCCACCACUCGCGCACCAUGCCGAGGCACCCGCCCUCGUACAACAACCGCUUCCACUACCCGUCGCCCAUCCAGCCCAACGGGGUCAUCUACGACCCCUACUCGCGCAUCAGCCAGUCGUCGCAGUUCCUGCCCCAGAUCCACCAGCAGAACAACCUGCACGAGCACCACUCGCCGGUGCUCAGGGCGGACAACGCGGCCGACAACCCGCCGGUGCUCAAGUUUCACGGCUCAGAGCUGGUGCCGAAAGCCAGUAUAACAUACAUUUAUUAGGAGCCAUUCUGCCCGCAUACUUCCGUACAAGCCUGAUGUUGCGGAUUUCGACUAUGCAGAUGUUGAGUAUCGCUCCUAUGGCCCAAUCAACUAUAAAGCAGCGUCCAUCGUUAACAAGGAAAAGGCUGAUACUGCCAAGAGAAGUAACAACAAUGUAGUGGGCAU